GAAAUAAUGGAGUUGUUAUAUAAAAAGAGAGUACCCUUUUGGACAUAUGUCACUUGCUGUAAAACAAAAGUGCAAUGCAGAGGCACAAACCCACUUGGACUUAGCCCUCUCACAACUUGCAAAAAUUUCCAAACCCUAAACUAAAACUAAAAAACAACAAAAGCGCCAACAAAACCUUUCCCUCCCUCUCUAUAGAUCUCGCCUCGCCUGACCUCUCAGUUAAUGCAUUUUCACACCUCCACAAACAUUGCUCCCUCUUGACUUUGCAUGAUCCUACUCCACAAUGGCCUCCGCCUGCGUAAACAACAUCACCAUGUCCCCGGACAAAUUCCCUCCGGCCACUUAUCCGUCUUACGGCUGGCUAAGUCCUCGAAUCUCUUUCAGCCGUGAAGAGGAUACUUCUUCAAAGCAACCUGGAUCUUCUAAGAUCGAUCCUCAAGCUGAAGAUCCGUUAGAUCCUGUUGACUUCGAGUUCCGUCUUGACGAUCCUGUUACUAUGCUUCCUGCGGACGAGUUAUUCUCCGACGGGAAGCUUGUGCCGUUGCAAGUGAACAAUAUUAAGGCUGCUGUUAAUAGUGGCUUAAGUGAGAUGAGGUCGCCCGAAACGACGACGGCUAAAUCAUGUCGUAGUAGAAUAAUGGAGAUGGAAAUAUCUGGUACUGAUCCUUACUUGUUUUCUCCUAAAGCUCCUAGGUGUUCGAGUCGCUGGAAAGAGUUGCUAGGUUUGAAAAAGCUUUACCAAAAUGCUAAUUCUUCUAAAGCUGAAAACCAUAAAACGGCGUCGUUGUCUUCCUCUAACCCCAACCCUAACCCAAAAUCGUUGAAGCAUUUCUUGCAUAGGAGUUCUAAAUCUUGCAGUUGUAACUCUUCUUCAACUUCAGAUCACUCCCUGAGUCUACCAUUGUUAAAAGACUCAGACUGCGAGUCUGUUUCCAUUUCAUCUUCGCGAUUAUCACUUUCUUCCUCAUCUUCUGGCCACGACCACGAGGAUCUCCCUAGACUCUCUCUUGAUUCAGAGAAACCAAACCCGAACACCAACCCAAACCCAAACCCGUUUGUUCUCAAUCGAAAUCCGAACCAGAAUCCUCCACGAAUGAGAAUGGUGAAGCCCAGGUCGGAGAUUAAUAAUGCUAAUGGGAAUAGCAGCAAUAAUCCAGCGGCUGGGAAUCGAGUGGGGAGGAGCCCGAUGCGGAGGUCAGCAGAGGAUCAAUCGAGCAGAGGUGUAUCGGUGGACAGCCCAAGAAUGAAUUCUUCAGGGAAGAUAGUGUUUCAGAGUUUGGAAAGGAGUUCUAGCAGUCCGAGUAGCUUUAACGGAGGUCCAAGAUUUAAACAUAGAGGAAUGGAGAGGUCGUAUUCAGCUAACGUUAGAGUCACUCCCGUUCUCAAUGUCCCAGUCUGUUCACUUAGAGGAACUUCCAAGUCUUUUGGCUUUGGUCAGCUGUUUUCUUCGUCGCCCCAAAAAAGAGAAUCUAGUAACAAAGCGCAGUUACAGCAGCAGCACAGUAAUAGCAGGAAUCGAACAUGAAAGGGUAACUACUACUGGUACAACAACAACAACAGUAACAUUUAUCAAUUUUAGCGGUUGGUUAUUGUGCUAUUCUUAGAUUUUCUGUUCUGGGCUUUUGUUCAAAAUUUUCUGUUCUUCAAGAUGAGGGGAAAAAAAGAGAAGAAGAAAAGAAAUUAAUGGCGACAUGGACAUUUAGGGAUGUAUGUAUAUAAGCAGUAGAGAGUCUUUUCAUUCUAUUGUUAUGGUUGCUUAUGUCGUUCCGUUUUCUUUCUUUCUUUCUAUUGUAGCUUUUUCAUUGUUCUUCUGAUCUAACCAGCUAAUUCUGUAGUUUUUUCUUUCUCGACUGAAAGAUAUGGAAUCUCUCUGGUUUUUGUUUGAUUGGUAA